AAAAAAUCCCCUCACACACAGAACAAAGCACACACACACACACACACACUACCAAUUUGUAUGAAGCUGCCAAAAACAUUUUAUUUCAGAGUGAAAAUGGGUCAGAAAUAAAUGUCGACGUAUGUGGACAAUCAUGAGAAGUGAGAUACUUUAUUCAAAACAUUUACAUUCAUCAUAAACUGAGGCACAGUUAUAGAUUUAAUUAGGGCAGACUACAAUUCCACCAGUUAUGAAUUCAAAUGCUGCUUACAUGUGAAUGCAUCCAGAGUCACAGCUCGGUUUUAUAAUAUAUAUUACCUUUAUAAAAUAAUACACAACAGGCCGAAUAAGUCUCGUUUAAAACUGUGCUGAUAAUAAAGAAAAGACUGCAAAGGCACCCUGUGGUUGAAAACUGGUUAAAAGCACAUGGCCCUACGCGGUGCGGCCAUAUUGGCCUCUGUCGUGGGCGUGGGUGAUCAUAUCACUUUUUCCUCUCAUUUUCACAUUUCCCUAAACACACCUUUUGUGAAAAUGUCACCAUGGCUCAGUCCAAAAUCUUGUCCUCUUCUCUAAAAAUCUGCUUAAAUACAUUCCUCAGUGAGGAGAGGACUUUAACUUACUGAUGAAGCACAGAUGGGGUCUCUGUGGAGGGCUUCCCUGUAGUUGUGCGUGCACACAGCAGCGCACGCCUGCUCGUGUAUAAAAAGCAUUUGCACAAUGAUUUUCGGGGUCGUUUGAAGCCGGGAGCAGAAGAAGAAGGACAGCGAGCUCGGGAUUAUGUUGGUUUAUUCUCUGCCCUGGAACCUAUUACCGCUUUUACGCUGCCUGGAAGCUCGGUCUUUCAAACUUAAAAAACUUCUCCGUCUGCAUUGCUCUACAUCCGCUGUGAUGGCUGAGUGGAGCUGGGUGGCCUACACGGUGCUAGAAGUGCUGAUCGCUGUGGCAUGUUGCCUUGGGAAUGUGUUGGUGGUGUGUGCGGUGUGUAUUCGGGACUCCCUUCGGGAGCCAACCUUCUGCUUCCUGGCUUCUUUGGCGGUGGCGGACCUCUUAGUGGGGGUGGCUGCUGUGCCCCUUGCUGUGUUGUUGGAUGGCUGGGUGAGUCUAACCCCUGAGUUGUGCUUGCUUCUCAGCUGUGUGGUGCUGGUGUUGACGCAGGCGUCUGUGCUUUCACUGUUGGCCAUCGCCGUGGAUCGAUACCUGCGGUUGCACACCCCGCUCAGAUAUAAAGCCCUGGCCACGCAGAGGCGCACGUGGUUGGCCGUGUCGUUGUGCUGGAUGCUUUCCUGCCUACUCGGGUUCACCCCUCUUUUCGGCUGGAACAACUACUCCUCUCUGGCACUCCCCGAUUCCGCCAACGCGUCUUCCGCUUCCUUCAUCUCACCACCAUGCACCUUCCUCUCAGUCAUCUCCCUCCCCUUCAUGGUCUACUUCAACUUCCUGGGAUGUGUCAUGGCACCCCUGCUGGCCAUGACCCUGCUCUACACGAGAAUCUUCUGGAGCCUGCAGGGACGUCUCAAGGACAGCACCCCCCAAGCCCAGGCCUCUCUGCUCAGGGAGAAGCGGCUGGCCUGCUCCCUGGCUCUGGUUCUGCUUUUAUUUGCGGCCUGCUGGAUUCCUCUGCACCUGAUGAACUGUCUUCUGCUGUUUCAGGGUCCUCAAGCAGUCACACCCGGGACAAUCUACACAGGUAGGCGACGGAAUUUAUUAUGCACUCAGUCUACUAAUUUAUUUAGUUUUACAUAUAUAUAUUUGGAUAAUGCUUCCAAACAGUUUUUCAGUGAAAAUGUGCGAGUAACAAAUCCGAAUUUUCCAGGUAUUCUCCUGUCUCACGCAAACUCGGCAGUCAACCCUGUGGUCUACGCCUACCGCAUCCCAAAGAUCCAGCAGGCCUACGCUCAAAUAUGGAGGCGCUUCUUCUUGUGGCUAAACUGCUGCCAGGGUGACACGCACGUUUCCAGAACAAUAAGAGACAGCAAGGCUAAUCAGACAGAGAGGAGUGGAUCGGGAGGGAAGUCCACACCCUAACAAAAGACCACAGAGGUAUUGUUUGCGGUGUAUGUUUGAAGCCUGAGCACCCUGGACUUUAUCAGAGUCGGUUUAUCCGCUCAGGGGAUAAGAUUUGUGACCAACAAUCAUUAAUUUUCAGCUUUAUUAAAGUUCAGUAAAUGGACUGAGGAAGCA